AUGGUUGAGAGGGUGUUGAAAAUAGCAUCGGAACACGAGCUGGAUUGCGUCAUGUGUUUGGUCUAUACCGUCUACGGUGACAGUCCUGUCCUUGCACCGGUUCUCGUGGAUCGAGGCUGUAAACGUCCGAAGGCUGUCGACUUAAACCCCGGAUGUUACCUGCACAAGCGCGGAUCCGAAGGUCGCCAAGUCUUUAACUUGGACAAAUCAUCUGUCCUGGUUUCUGACUUUCCCCGGGGAACUUCGCUGAAGCAUGACGAUCGUUACAGAAUCUUCUUCUCCAGAUCUGACGAAUACGGUUCUAAGGAGCGGGUGAACGCAUUGUUGCGACGCAUAGCCGGGGAUGGAACAAAGGAAUUCAUCGGCAACGCAGUCAUAUGCAAGGAGGACGUCCGGGGAUAUGUAGUUGAUAUGGAUCAACAAGAUGUCAAGCUUGUGGACCGUAUAGUGACGACGGAGGCGCUCGAACGGGGUUUAGAUCAACGGUCUCUUUAG